GGUUGGUUUCAGAGUCGAUGUUUCGGUUGCCAAGGGAUGGUUAUUUACUGAGGUCUGACUGGAUUGAUGGAGCUCACAUGUCGUCUAUUUCUAAUUUUAGAACGUGACCAUUGCAAAUUGCCCGAGUUUAAUAUUCCGUUGUCUCAACGUUGGUCAGCUGUGAAACUGUCUGUAACUUAUACGGGAUAAUAGUGCAAGAACAGAAUCGAUGCAUCGUGUCUUGUACACGCGUACUCUCAGCUGAUCCUUUCAGCAUGAUGAGACAGCGGCAGUUCCAUCAAAAAAUUCACAUGCCGGCUCUACCCACACUCCGCUGUCAUUAACUCUAUGACUGUUAUCAAGAGAAACGAAUCUCCGGCACAAUAAGUACAAAUGCCUGUUAAAGGAAACGGUCCAUACACCGAUUCUAGCACAGGAAAUCAGUGAGAAGACUGCGCUAGCUGCGGCAAGUUGAGAGCUGAUCAGAAGAAUUUUUUAUGCUCAGAGCCUGUGACAUUUCGUGUCAGAUGCAAUUUGUCUGAAAUCGAAUUGAAGCUAUCUGAUUCAGACAGCAUAUGUGUUUGAUUUUAGUGCAUGUCGUCAAGAGAUCUUUGUAGCGCCUUCAAAUUUCCAAAGGUUUCUAUUUAGAGAACACUGUUACGCAUUUCAUCGGUAUGAAGUUCAUUCGGGCAUGUGAUGUUAUACUAUUUGUUAUGAUUGUGGUAGUGUACGAGGUAGGCGGCCGAAGUUGGAGAUGUGUGGCUAUGGCUGCUAGAACAGAUCCUGUGGAGUUGCAAGCUGUCUAUGCCAUGAUGGCUGCAACAGGGAAUGGCUGGGCUGCCAGUAUCCCCGACGUGUGCGUAAAGAGUGGCCGGUGGCAUGGGAUAGAAUGUGUGCAAGACGGCGAUUACUAUCACGUGGUGGAACUGUCGUUUGGAUUGGUCACAGACCAGGCCACUGCCUUCCCCUCUUGUGCGCAGCACUCCUUCAUCUCGCCGGCGGUGGCCAAUCUGACACACUUGAGGAAACUGGGAUAUUUUGCGUGUUGCAUGGAAAAUCCGCAGCGUAUACCCAGUGAGAUUGGCCGACUAGGUGACUCUCUCGAAGCGCUACAUCUGCGUAACAACGGGCACGUGGGAAUCAUUCCUGAGGAGCUCGCCGGUCUCAUCAAACUGCGGACAUUUGAUGUGCAUGGUAAUUCCCUUGCCGGCACGAUGCCCAUCUGGUUAUCCUCGUUAACCGAGCUUGAAGCCAUGGAUAUAAGCGACAAUACUUUUGGAGGUGAGGUUGAUGGGCGUACCUUCGACAAUCUCGAGCGAUUGACAGUUUUCGAUGCAAGCGACAACGAGUUCGUCGGCGCUCUGCCAGACUCAAUUGGUCGACUGAGGACUCUGCAAAAGCUGGAUUUGAGCUACAACAAUUUCACCGGCGCGAUACCCACAACCAUAGGCGAUCUUAGUCGCCUCCUCUCCCUCAAUUUGGCGCACAACAGAUUCUCAGGUCCCCUGCCGGAAACGAUGAGCAACCUUUCGAACUUAAAAUCCUUGGAUCUUCAACGCAACUGCUUUCGGGUUCCAAUUCCAGCAUCAUUAGGAAAACUAGUUAAAUUGGAGGGUUUGGUGCUUUCAGAAUCCGAAUUCGUUGGCCCCAUUCCAAGCUCUUUCGGUUCUCUUUCCAACAUCAGAGCGUUGUUUCUGGAUGGCAACAAGCUUACAGGAACCAUUCCGCCUGCACUUGGCGAUCUGACUCGCGUGUAUGAGUUGGAGCUGAGCAGCAAUCUCCUGGCUGGGCCUGUGCCAUUCUCCUCGAGCUUUGUUUCAAGACUCGGUCGACGACUUCGACUGCAGAACAACGAAGGCUUGUGCUACGAAUUCAAGACGGCAGAUUCUUUAACAAGUGAUCCGGGAUCAACCAUUCGGCCAUCCGAACAACCUCCGCAGCUUAAAAUUUGCAGCAGCUCCAGCUCCAACAACCAAAGCGUCGGUUCUUCGGAGUUUUUCCCACCCUCCCAUCAUCCCUCCAUUGCACUAGAUUCUGUUGCUCCCGCUGGCAGCUUAAAACCAGCGUUUGAGCCAUCCUCCGCCUGCUCUAGGAUCUCAUAUUUGUCGUAUCACGCAGUGAAAUGUUUCUGGUUCAUGACUUUUCUCGUAAUCAUGUCAAGGUGCUAAUCUUCUAACAUUGUGAGAGCAUGCGAAAUGCUGUUGGAUAUGCGUUGACAUUUUUCGUACACAAUUCUUCAC